AUUUAAGACUUUCUUCUUUUUGGGCUGUGGUGCAUUCUGGGAACCAGCUAUGGCACCAGCUACACCUUCUCAAGAAGAGCAGAGUCCAAAAAUUUUGUUCAAUUCCAGAAGUUCCAUGAGUAGAAUGUGUUUUAGCGUACUUCUUCUAUUAUUUUUCACCGGCGUGGCGACUUCUCAGUCAAUUGUAGAGACUCUACCGGGUUUUCCUGGAAAGCUUCCCUUCAAACUUGAAACUGGAUACAUUAGUGUGGGAGACACGGAUGAUGUGCAACUGUUCUAUUACUUCAUAGAGUCCGAGAGGAACCCUCGUUUGGAUCCUCUUGUGCUUUGGCUCACUGGAGGCCCUGGCUGUUCUGGGUUCUCUGCUCUUGUUUAUGAAAUUGGUCCAUUAGCUUUUGAUGUAGAAGGCUAUGAUGGGAUCUUGCCAACCCUUAAGUUGAAUCCAUACUCAUGGACCAAGGUUGCCAGCAUAAUAUUCAUCGAUGCACCUGUUGGAACCGGGUUUUCAUAUGCAGAAACCUCUUAUGGUUACAAUGUGUCAGACACAUCAUCAGCAGCCCAGACCUAUCAGUUUCUGAGGAAGUGGUUGACAUUUCACCCAAAUUUUGCUGGAAAUCCACUCUACAUCGGUGGUGAUUCCUAUUCAGGCAUCGUUGCCCCAAUCCUCAUUAAGGACAUACUACAUGGCCUUGAAGUCGGUCUCCAGCCAAAAAUGGAACUCCAGGGAUACUUGCUCGGGAAUCCAGUGACUGACUAUUUGAUUGAUGAUAAUUCAAGAAUUCCAUAUGCUCAUCGUGUGUCCCUCAUAUCAGAUGGACUCUACAAGGCAGCCAAAGAAACUUGCAAUGGUGAUUAUGGGAAUGUAGACAUCAACAAUACACUAUGUGUUGAAGCUCUUCAAACUAUCAAAAUGUGCCUCCUACAAAUAAAUAUUGCAAUGAUUUUGGAACCUCAGUGUGCUUUUGCAUCCCCCCAAACAACAGAACUACAAUGGGACUUGAGAGUUCAGGAAAACACUACUAUGAACUACCUUCUUUCCCUAUCUAGAAUCCCGGAAUUGCGGUGUCGGAGUUUCAGUUAUGUGCUCUCUUACAAGUGGUUAAAUGAUAUAAACGUCCAAAAUGCUCUUUAUGUUCGACCGGGAACUGUGAAGACUUGGAGGAGGUGCCCAAAAAGCUUCCCAUCUUACACAGAAAAUGUUGACAGUACUGUUGCAUAUCAUAAGAAUUUCACAAGAACAGGUCUCCGGGCUUUGAUUUACAGUGGUGAUCAUGAUCUCUCUACUCCAUAUAUUGGUACGCUAGAAUGGAUAAAAUCUCUUGAUGUGCCUGUUUUUGAUAAGUGGCGGCCAUGGUAUGUUGAUGGUCAGGUUGCAGGAUACACAACAAAGUUUAUGAACGAUCAUUACGGCUUAACAUAUGCUACCCUAAAGGGAGCAGGCCUCACAGCUCCAGAAUACAAGCACAAGGAAUCUCUUGCCUUGGUUGAUAGGUGGUUUGCUUAUUAUCCCAUCUAAGCUAAUUUGCAUUCGUAGCCAGCUUGGUUCUACUAGGUGAUUCCACCUUGUCUGAGAGGGAUUAUUUUAAAUAAUGAUGAUGUAGUUCAUUGAUGUAAUAGCAAUAUCUACAUCGGACAAAUGUAUGUUCUCUUGUUACGAUAUUAGAAUUGGGAAAAUUUUGCCAACUUAGGCUUUGAUCAAUGGUGUAUUUCUUU